AUGGCGCAGUUACCCUUUGGCUCCGCGCAGGAGUGGUUCGAUGCCGUAAAGAGACGCGACUAUGACGGCGUAGUAUUCAACCUUCCUGUGUACCAAACAACUACGGACAGUAACGGGGAAACGGCUCUAAUGUAUGCAGUGAGGAAUAUGGAUGCAGAAAUGACCCUUCUUCUUGGUCCGUUAGAAUGCGGUGCAGUCAACAACAUAGGCUACUCCGCUCUCAUGCUGGCUGCCGAGCGAAACUUUAUGCCUGGAGUAGAGUCGCUUCUAUAUUAUGAGAAGGAUUUGCGCCUUCCAGAUGGAAGAAAUGCCCUCAUUCUUGCUGCACAGCACAAUGCUUUAGAUGCGAUUCAUCUUCUCCGCCAAGAGCUCUGGGGGCAGACUGAUUUAAAGGGACGUUCUGCAUUAACUUACGCUGCUGCAAAUGGAUACAUUGACUCCGUUAAGCUAUUAGUCCAGAAUACGUACAAGGAACUUGCACCAGAUAUCGAUCAAGCAAUUGUCCACGCGUCAUCCAGGCGCCACGACGGCGUGGUUCAAUAUCUUAGCAAAUUCAGCAAAGCGCUACAGCUCCGCUCUAGUGUUGCGAGCACAAUGAAUCAAUCACCAACUGCGGCAGACUUCGGAUAUAGCAGCGGCACUAGCCUUCUAAAUUCCACUCUUCGUGAUGGGGGUAGUUCGCCUCUCCAGUCAUCAAAGGCCUUCAGUCCUGCAAGUACCGGUUUGACUAAUACCUUUAGUGGGGGCGCGUCCAUAAAGAACACACAGCUGACUAAGCAGUUUCAAUCUAGUACAAAGUAUGAUGGACUCCUUUCAUCUGAGACUAUCCAGCCGUUAGAGAUACAAAAUCGUCAGGCUCCUUCCCACAGCGCAACAUCACUUCGUGCUCGAAACAGCAACAAGCCGCUGUCUAUGGUGGAAGAUAAUACGAUAAGGCUGCCUCAGCCAGUGCAUGCGCCAUCCCAUCAGGCGACGACUGUUAACCCUGCUUAUUUGUACAACGAAAUAGAUGUAACGGAUCUUAUGACGGCAUCCUCGCCUUCAGCGCUGCCAUCUCAUGAAGCCACAGGGACAGCUGACAAGUCUGCAGACAUCUCCAGUAUCGUCAAGGGGACCUCUACCAUCGCGUUAACUGGGGCUUCAAAGAAGGAAAAUAGAAGUGACUGGUCUCCUUUGAUGACCGCUGCAGACUCGAAUCAGCUUAAGCUUGUCCAGCAGUUGAUCCCGCUUCACGCAGGCAAAGAGACGAAGGAUGGAUUAACUGCCCUUAUGAUAGCAGCAAAGAAGAACCACUCGCAGAUAGUUUCUGCACUGGUAGGACGGGAGGGCGGUAUGAAAAUGACAAACACCUUGAUAACAGCGCUAAUGUUUGCUGCACAGCACAACUCCCUUGCAAGCAUUAAACCUCUUGCAACGAGAGAGAGUGGAAUGCGGGACUCAAAUGGAAGAACUGCUAUGAUGUUUGCUGCUCAGAACGGUCACGCUAAGGUAGUCCAGCAGCUGCUCAAGUUGGAGGGGAAGCUUUGCGAUCAACGAGGGUGGACAGCCAUGAUGUAUGCCGCGCAAAAUGGACACCUUUCUGUUGUUAAGCUUCUUGCCAAGAGUGAGAUGGGAGUUCAAGAAAAUGAUGGAGGGACUGCUCUUAUGCUGGCUGCUGAAGAGGGCCAUGCUGAUAUAAUUCCACUUUUGGUAAAGACUGAGGGUACCCUCCGUGACAAAUCUGGAGCAACGGCCUUGAUGGUGGCAGCCUCUGGAGGCCAUGUGGCCAUCGUCAAGAGCCUUCUCCAGGCUGAGGGUGGCAUGAAGAAUAAUGAGGGCUACACAGCUUUAAUGGGAUCUGCGUAUAGUGGGCACUUAGGGUGCGUCCAAGCCCUCAUCCCUCGCGAGGCAGGAUUGACAAUGGACGACGGUUGGACGGCUCUCAUGUCUGCAGCACAGAAUGGACACCUAACAGUGGUAGAGCAGCUCUUGGAGCGCGAAGCUGGUAGGCAGACAAAUACAGGGUGGACCGCGUUAAUGUCUGCAGCACACGCAGGCUAUGCCUCCAUUUGUAGGAUUCUUGGGCCCAUGGAGAAUGGAUUCCGAGAUAAUCACGGGAAGUCGGCAUUAAACUAUGCCAGUGAAGGGGGUCACGCAGACGUGGUGGCAAUCCUUCGCAAGAUGUAG